UUUCUGACAGUACAGCGAACUGUCGAUAGUUUCUCGAGUAGCAUAAAUUGUGUUGAUGCAAGUCCUCAGAUUGAUAACGUAAAUGGUUUUUACAGGGAUGGACGGUGACAGCAUGGAGUUGGGAAACCAGGAACAAAACAUUCAUGUGGAGGUCCAUGUUAAAUCUCACAGCACAGCUAAACUGUCUGAGGUGAGGAUGCAUGUUCUAGGUCUGCUGAAUCGCCACAGCAUGGUUUUUGGGAACUACAGAUGGGUAGAGUUUGAUGAGGACUUCCUGCAGAAACACGUGGAAGCUGUGUCUAUAGUUGAUCAAGAGGAGCUGGUAACACAGCCCCUCGACUUGAAGAGCUGCUCUGUCUCCGUUCACAUCUUCACUCUGAAUGAGGAUGGACCCAGCACGCUCAGCUUGGAGGAGGAUGAGGAGCUUUCAGCAGCCAAUCAUUGGUUGCUGCCAGCAGCUGAAUUCCAUGGGAUUUGGGAGAGUCUGGUAUACGACAGUCGAGUCAAAACCCAGCUCCUGGAUUACAUCACAACCACCAUUUUCUUCUCAGACAAAAAGGUCGACAGUAACCUGAUUUCGUGGAACCGUGUUGUGCUACUUCACGGCCCCCCGGGCACAGGGAAGACGUCACUGUGCAAAGCUCUGGCCCAGAAGCUGUCAAUCAGACUGUCGAGUCGGUAUUCGUAUGGGCAAUUUGUCGAGAUAAACAGCCACAGUUUGUUUUCAAAAUGGUUCUCAGAGAGCGGUAAGCUGGUCACCAAGAUGUUUCAAAAGAUCCAACAACUGAUAGACGACAAAGAUGCUCUCGUGUUUGUUCUGAUUGAUGAGGUGGAGAGUCUGACAGCAGCACGGAGUGCCUGCCAGGCGGGAACCGAGCCCUCUGACGCCAUCCGAGUGGUCAACUCCGUUCUCACUCAACUGGACCAGAUCAAACGACAUUCCAACGUGGUGAUCCUGACGACCUCCAAUGUGACAGAAAAGAUCGACUUGGCGUUUGUGGACAGAGCGGACAUCAAGCAGUACAUCGGACCUCCGUCUGAGAAGGGCAUCUACAACAUCUACCUCUCCUGCCUGGAGGAGCUGAUGAAGUGCCAGAUCAUCUACCCCCGGCAGCAGCUGUUUACUAUGUUUGAGCUGGAGACGAUGGGCUUUGCAAAGAGUGAGGUGUCCGAACACAGUCUGAACCUGAGGAACAUUGCCGUAAAGAGCAAAGGUUUGAGUGGACGGGCUCUCAGGAAGUUACCAUUUCUAGCCCACGCACUGUUUGUAAAGACACCGACGGUAACUCUUGAGAGGUUUCUGGAGGCGAUGGACCAAGCAGUGGAUAAACAGAUGGAGGAAAAGGCUAACCUGGUCAAUGAUGUCUGAACUUAUUACAAUGCCCAAAGGCUGACACAUGAUUGUUUGUGAGCUCUCAAUCCCGUGCCUUGUUCAUUUGUAGUAUGGAAAACUACAACCCUUACAUCUUUUUUUAUAAAGGUUAAUCCUUUCAUUUGGCAGCAACGUCAUAUUGGCAAGUAACAUUGUUUUAACAAAUGCUAUUUAUAUUAUAAGUCUUUGUUCAGGUAAAUUCUGUUGGUGCUACUACCUUAAACCACCAAGUCGGUUUCAGUACAGGCAGUUUGGUUUAGGAUGGAGAACCCAAAGCUUGAAUUUUCUGUGUUUACUCUGUUCUUAGUUUCAAAGUGGUAGUUUUAUGUAAUGUUCAGCUUUAACCUUAACAGUGCCGGCUUCUUUUGGUAUUCAUGUUGAAGGGAUAGCUCACAUUUGUAUCACCAUCAGUUAUUUGAACUUUAAUUCAAAUCCCUCUGUACAAAUUAGCUCAGUGUAUGGAUUUUAUUGAGGAUAUCUCAUUUGGAUCUUUAUCUUUGUCAGUUCUAUAUUUAUGUUAACAUCAAAUCGUCUUCAAACUCUCUGGGUGCAUGUGUUCAUUACGACUUUACUUUGUAGAUAUAGCAUUGUAAUAAACAGUAUCGUUUA